AUGUCGGAACCGAGUGUUUCUGCUGCGGACGUCCAAGCAGCUGCUGCUGCUGCGCGUGAGUCUAUCGCGGUGGAGCGAGAGCCGCCUGCCCUGCUACAAGCCGAGAGCGUAUGUGACUUGAUUGGUGCUCUCGAGUCAGAGGUCGACAUUCUCCGCCAGGCUGUCGAGUCGUUGGCCAAGCAGUCACCCGUCACCCACCUUCUUCCAGACUCCCCCCUCGCCAGAUUCCGCUCGUCGGAGGUCACUGACGUGGUCCUCGAGGUCCUGCAGGAGCACGGCUUUGCCAGCCGCAAGCUGGAGUUCAAGGCGGAGCAGGGAGGGUAGAUGACGGCGGGCAGGGCUGUGUUCGACGUGUCCAAGAUCGAUGAGCCGCAUGCCGAGCGUCUCUUCCGCGCCAUUCACGCCAGGUACGGCGACUCCAUGGACGACAAGCAGGCGGCCAGGCAGUGUCGUGACGUGUGGGACAAGACCAAGGACGUGGCCGCGGCGAUGAAGCGCUCUUGGCUGGACGUCUACGACAGGGCAGGGCGGUAUGUGCUGUUUGGCGGGGUGAUCAGGCGGCUGGGCCAGGAUGUGUUUGCUGAGGUGGAUCAGGACAUCUUGCUGGCCCUCCUGCCUCGCCUCCUCAUUCAUCAGAACAGGUUCGACGAGAGAGGGCAAGCCAGGAAGGGAGGGAGUAUCGCGGUGGUGGGGCUUUGGGGCCGAUGUGUGCGUGUAUGUGUGUGUGUGUGUGUUGGGGGGUAUGUGUUUGUGGCUCCUGUUGUUUUUCCUACCUCAGUGAUUUGUCAUUGCCUCACAAGAGGCCGCACACGGCCUCGUCUUCGUCCGCCCAAUCCUCUCUCUCCUCCACCCACGCCCCCACUGCCGGCGCCACGCCUGCUCGUCCUCAGCAGCAGCAGGCGCGUCGCGACAGAGACCGUGACUUUUGUGACAACUGCCGCUACGGCUAUGAUCGCGCAUACCCCCACGGCCACCGCACCGGUCGCUGCCCCGACCCCUGGAAGCUCAAGUGCUUCAUCUGCAAGAGGGCUGAGCGUGCUGACUGCAUUCAUCGCUAUGACCUGUGUCCGCUCAGGCCUCGCCCGUCGUCCCAGUCCCCGCCUCCCCCUCCUUCUGCGUCGUCAGCAGGCAAGUGA